CAUUACUAUAACCCAGGCGGAAGCCCUGCCGCAGCACGUGCAGUCCUUAUGACCUAACAACGACCUAGCGUAGACCGGGACGGACCGAACACCAAAGGGACUCGACCAUCAUACGCCAUGUUUGGGCUGGGCCGUCGAAAGGAUAAUGAAAUCAGGCGUCUUCAAGCUGAGGUCGAGCAGGCACAAUUGAGCCUGCAGGAGGCAAAUAAGAGAGCCGAGAAUGCGGAGUCCCAAGCUGCUUUGCUGGCGUCGCAAAACCGGGCGCUAGCUGCUAAGGUGCACCGCCUCGCCCUUCAACGCGUAGAGCUGGAGAACGACAAAGUCCGCGUCGAACGCGAAAACAAGGAUUUGCAACUUGCUAACCUCCGUCUGGAGACGGAGAAGCAGGCCGCCAAGGGUGCCGAGACAGACGCAUGGCAGGUCACCAACCUCAAAAUAGCGCUAGCGCAGCAGGCUGCGCAGCACAGGACCAAGCUGGCAUCUCUGAAGCGCCGCACAAAAGCCCUUCUGAACGCCGUGUUGCCCGGCGGGAACGGCCGUGGAGCGAGGGCCGGGUUAGGCCAGCUAUCCCCAGCACCAUGCGACAAAACCUACUCGCGCUCAGCCCCCGGGUCUCCGACUACGGAGCACGCGCUUGCUGACCUAUGGGACACUCCGCUCAACCCGCCAUCAAUGCUCGACGCCGAGACUGACCUGCACACGCGCGUCCGCCAAGUCAUCGGCUGGUUGUACGACGAUACCAUCUCGGAAGAUCAGGCCCUGGAGCAGAUCACAUCGCUGACCCAGAACCUGAUGAUUCAGCCGCAGUCACCGCCGGCCAUGUCACGUGGCUGCAGCCCAUUCCCUGUUCCCAAGCUCGCCACCACGACAACCGGUGACGGGUCUGCGGAGAAGGUGGAUGCGGCCACAGACGUGCAGACCUCACGGCCACGACACUUCUCAGAUGUGGCUACGGAGACGCCCGAGGAGCUCUCCCACAUCGGUACCCCACGGGAGUCCGGCACGCCGCAGCGGCUGAUGCCUCCGGGCGUCCGGCCUCUGGACCUUGCGGCCCUGGUGGCCCAAGCCAUGGAGACAGCGCCGCUAAGCGGCCGCAGCACGGCAAGCACCACUGCAGCAAGCUCGGCCGCCGCACCAUCCUCGUUCAACGCCUUCAGCCAGUUUGUACUGGCACAGCCGGAGAAGCUUCAGCGCCUCAUCAUGCGCCACGCCGCUGCCACGGGCGCCAAGACGGGCUCCGCCCAACCACAGCAGUCGCCGUUUGGCGGCCACAUGCUGUCCUUCACCUCUGGCAGCCACAACGCCGUCGCCACUGCCACCACCACGGCUGGCGGGCUGGCGGACAACUACGUCCCCGGCCUCUCAAGCAACCUGGAGCCGCCCUCGAUGGCCAGCACCGGCGCUGCGACCUCACGUCCGAACCUCACCAGCAGGCUCCUCGGCCUUAGCAGCGCUGCCAACGUCAACCGCGCAACCGCCCCUGCUGUGCCCCCUGCGUCCUCCCCUGUUGCCGCCGGCCCGAACACCGCAGCCGCUGGCGUUGUCCUGCCGUCUUCCGGCCCCAUCACCAGUCCCGCCAAACGACCUGCCAAGCGGUCGGCUGCGAUGCCGCCUCCCAAGAUUGCGCAC